GUAAAUUGGGGAUGCAAAUAGUAGCACCGCAAUAAUAACACACGAGAGAUGUUCCCACAUAAAAAGGUCGAGAAUCAGCAUCAACUUACAAGCGAAAUGAAACACCACAUAACCCAAAACCACAACUAGCCAGGCGAGUCUUUUUAAAACCCAAGGCCAAGGCCACCCAUACUAUUCCAAACACAAAACACUCGACCCUUUCAGCCGGCUGCUCAACUCUUUCCUCUAUUUAGCCAAGUCUCGCUCACUUGAUUCCAAAUUUUUCAUUCUCCUUAUAAUCCUCACUUCUUGGAGCUUGUAGAGUUGUAGACUUGAGUAGUAUCAUAUCUUUUUUCUUCAGUUCUCUCAUUUUCUAGUAUUCUCGUUAUAGCAAAUAGUAGUGGUGGUCAAUUCUGAUGGCUAAAAAAAAUACAGCGAAAGCUAAGAAGGAUGCUAGCAAUAGUAGCAGCAGCAGCUCAGGGAGCAACAGCCCGACUGCCAAGACAAAACGGACUCGAAAAAGCGUCCCGCGGGACUCCCCUGCCCAGCGCAGCUCUGUUUACAGGGGUGUCACAAGGCAUCGUUGGACGGGGCGAUACGAAGCUCAUUUGUGGGAUAAGAAUUGCUGGAAUGAAUCUCAGAGCAAGAAAGGAAGACAAGUUUAUUUAGGGGCCUAUGAUGAUGAAGCCGCUGCAGCACAUGCCUAUGACUUGGCAGCAUUAAAGUAUUGGGGACAAGAUACAAUUCUCAACUUCCCACUAGCAACUUACGAGGAUGAAGUUAAGGAAAUGGAUGGACAGUCCAAGGAAGAGUACAUUGGAUCACUAAGGAGAAAAAGUAGCGGUUUCUCCCGUGGGGUUUCUAAAUACAGAGGUGUUGCAAGGCACCACCAUAAUGGAAGAUGGGAGGCUAGGAUCGGCCGAGUUUUUGGCAACAAAUAUCUCUAUCUCGGAACUUACGCUACGCAAGAGGAGGCUGCAACGGCUUAUGACAAGGCAGCUAUAGAGUAUCGGGGCCUAAACGCCGUUACCAACUUUGACCUUAGUCGUUAUGUAGAUUGGAUCCAACCCGAUCAAACUAAUUCCAAUUCAGACCCUUGGAUCCAACCCGACCAAAUUAAUUCCAAUUCAGACCCGAUCCAACAAUUCCCGAAUCCUGAAGCUGAAGUGACCUCGUUAGAAAACGUAAUUAUUACAAAACAGGAAUGUCCUACCAGUUCUCCUGAAAACUCAAGCUACAACGUUCCUCAAAAUAGCGAUAACAACACCUCAAGCUACAAUAUCCCUCAGAAUAGUGAUAACAACACGGCCACGUCUUCUGAAUUCAGUGAAAUGCUUGAAGGAACGUCGUCUGCACCGGAGUCUGACGUGCCACGCAGGAGCUUCCCGGAUCACAUCCAAACAGACUUUGGUUGUCAUGACUUAGAAAUAUUCGGUGACUUGGUCCCAUUUACAUCCUCCAUGUAUGAGCUGGAUAUGAUUAUGUGAUCCGAGAUCAAACUUGAACAUUUUUACAAUAUUGCUUUUGUAGUAUUUCUUAUACAAUUUUUUAUACUUUUUA